AGGGGCGUCAUUAUCUGGCUUACAUCUUCCAGUGAGUUGCAGAGUAUGGCACAUCCCCGGGUGAUGUAUUGACAAAUUCAUCACGCAACACUAAACCUUUCUUUGUUUCGCUUGAUAAAGAAAUACUUAGCUUCAAAGAGCUGCCGAACAGCUUCACUUACCAAACACAGUCGCUUCGAUAUUUUCUUAUCAUGUCCUGUUCAGGUACCGCAGACACGCCUACAAUAUCAGCAUCGCCAUUGCCUCUCAAUUUCUUGGAUUUACCUAUCAAGAUACGUAAAAACAUAUACAAACAAGUUCUCGUUUUACCUCAUCCACUUCACAUCUUCCAAGACCCAGGAUGUCCACUGGAAGCUUUUGCACCCGAAAAACCCGGCUCAUGGCUUGCAUUGACCUACGUCAGCCGACAAAUAUCGGACGAGACCAGAAUGACUUUGUAUAGUAUGAAUCGGUUCAUCUUCCACGAGAUGGAGACGGCGUGUCGUCCAGGCACUCUCUUGGAGUCCUUCCUAAACUGUAUCGGACCUAAAAAUUCCGGGAUCUUGUCUCAUCUAUGCAUCAACUUUCCGGUCACCGAGCACAUAUCAGGCGCCUCUAGAGAGCCGAGACUCGCAGAUGGCUUGCGAAGAUUACAGCUAUUACGACAAAGCUGUGCCAAUUUGAAGACAUUGGAAAUGCUCAUCUUUGGUCAAUUUGCCAACAUUCUGGUCGCAAAUGACCAGAUGAACAAUGAGUCCAUUCGGAAGAUAUGCCUGGAGGUCGAUGCCCAGAUAAAGGAAAUAGCACCCCUAGAUACCAUUGUUGUCAGGAUAUAUAAUAACGGUACUCCAGCCGCAGUACGAGAGUUUCUACAAGAGCUUGGAUGGAUUGUCAAGUUUGGCGACGCUUAAUAAUUUUUCCUUACAUCACAACAAGACAGAUGAAACGAGAAAACAGCCGCAAUUAUAGUCAACUAUACCCCAGUUCACUCAGAGCUCCCUCGUCAUGUGCCCCAAAAUUAUGGCGGAUCUACUUUGGACUGUUGACAGCAGUGGACGGGUACUAAGCCCCCAAAAAGGGGGCUGUAAGUUUUCCCCACUAGUCAUGGGCCGACAAUCUAC